CCAAAGACUCAGACGUGUUUGCAGGCUGGAAACUGUCGUUAGAAACGCUAGAAGGAAGGGAGUGCCAGACGGGAACUGUGGAAAGAUUUUUUUUUUCUUAAAAAUAAGUUAUGCAACAUAAUCCAUCGCAGUAGUGCAUUUGAUGCAAGUUCAGAGACAAAGGAGCGGUGUGGAGCUCAGAGCUGAAAUAAGAAGCUUUGGGAGACUCGUGCCCAGCUCAGUGACCGAGUUUCUGCCGUUUUCCUUGCAAACCUGCACAUGAGAAUACCACUUUUGGAUACAUACACUGCUGUGCUUCUUCUUCACUUGUAACUUUCCGUUGUUUUUUGACUGAUGAUCUUAUGUCUCCACCGUUUCUGGAUCUAAGCCUUUAACGGUUUCUUACCAAAUAUAGCCGCCACAGUUAAUGCUGGAGCGUCCUUGAGGAGCGGAGCGGUCCAGGAUUGGAUAUUUUGCAGCGCUGUCAGAGUUUAUAAUUAAACGCUCAGAUCAUAUCGAUUCCGAGGAGCCUUUGUUAACCAGUAUUUUUUUCUUUCUUUCUGAGUUUCAAAUUUAACACCUAAAUCGGUUAUUUUUAAAAGCGUGCGCGUUCUUGUUCUUAUUUCUCUGCCUAUUGUGCUACAUGUUGAUUUAAAACGCAGCGUGCAGCCAGUGAGUGCUCCCAACAGAAGCCAUUUUUAAGUCUUUGAUUUGCUGUCUGAGUCACUGAACACGAGCUGCUCAACCUGCUCUGAGGUGCAGCGGGAACCUGUCCGCGUUCAGCUGGCACGUUUUUCUCUCUAUUGUUCUCAAACCUCCCCACAGUGAUUCUUUGUGCGUCUGAGUGCGAGCGCAGUGGAUGUGCCAUGGCUCGGGUUUUGCUUACUGUCUGUGUGUUGGCUCUCGGCUUGACGCUGGGCUGGGCUGGAGCCGAAGCUGGAGCUGAGAAGGCCAAGGCGGAGAGCCCACCGGUGGUCACCCUGGGUACCCUUUUCGCGGGAACCUGCCAGGAGAUCCACCGGUACGCGGAGUCGUUGGUGGGAACCAGCGUGAUACGCUCAGCGGCUGAGAGAGCAGUGUUGUUUCUUGAGUCAUUGCUUGGCCAGGAGAACGUCCGUACAAUGGCCAUGUUUUUUGAGAUGGUGAUCCGAUUCCUGGCUGAAGGAGCUGCCAGCGGCCUAAACGUCAUCGCUGUUUACGUCACAGAGAUCCUCAGAGUCACUGGAUUUGAUGCUGCACUGACCCUGCCCCGCUUCACUCCAGAGGGUGUGACCGCUGUCGCCCAGUGGGGUCUGGUAGCCCUCAUUGCAUACUGGUUGCUGUCCAUUGUUCUGCGUCUGCUGAUUGGUGUGAUAAGGCAGGUCUUCUGGAUUAUCAAAACUGUCCUGGGACUCUGGUUUUUUGGACUGAUAGUGACUGAUAAGCAGGCCUCUGCAGACACCACAGCAGUUCGACUGGCUUUCCUAGUGUUGGUAUGCGUCUUGUUGACGGUGCUCACUUCAGGUUCUGAUAAGUCUUUUGCAGUGGAAGACCGACUGAGCCGCCUGGAGGGCCGCGUGAACGCAGUAGAGAAUAAGAAAAGGGAGCAGUGAUAGAUGGACAAAGGUGACAAUAAUGCAAGUUAAGAAAAUAGUAACUGAUUUCUAUGUUUGUGUCAAAUAUGGGUAAUAAAAAAAUCUCUGGGAUUUUUAAUCAGAAAUGUUUUUUUUUUUUUUUUUGUCUGCAAUCAAACCACAUGAAAUGUGUUUACCAUGAUAAACAAUCAUUAUCACUGGCACAAAAUGUAUUGAAAGGCUACACAAGAAAAAAAAAACUACUGUGCAAACAGGAAGUAAUUCCACAAAUGAGAUCAUAACAGUAAUUUUCUGCACUGUCUGUUGCACCAUUUCAAACAAAAUAAAAUAUUUUAUAAAAGUC